AUGAAAAACCAAAAAGCAUUGGUCCCUAAAAAGUUGGCUUUCGGAAUCAUAUUCUUCGUGGCCGUUGGAAUUAAUCUAUUCUUGUUUUGUCGGAAACCAAAUAAACCAUCGUCUGGACAGAAAGGACCAUCAAAAAUGGAAGAAGGUGCUAGCAAAACGGCAUCCAUUGAAUCCAAACCCAAAUCGGUCGUUGGAAGUGCUGAGAAGACUGGCGGGGAUUCAAAAAUCGAGGGAAAAUCGAAAAUCGAUAGGAAAUCCAAAAUUGGAAAAUCAAAAGUUGCAGGAAAACCAGAGAAAUCGAUGAUGAAGCCUCGAAAUGAUGGUCGAUCUACUUUUAUGUAUACUGGUUGA